AUGAGGAAUAUGACAGGGCAAGCAGCUACCCUGGCCAACAGACGAAAAAGUAACUCUGAUUAUUGCUCAAGUUUCAAUGUAACCAAUGGACAAUUCAAUGUGAGUAAUACUCAGAUUAACGGGACGGGAUCGGUUACAUGUAAUCCAGGGUAUCGCUCAUCGAAAGAUGCGCCAAUGGAAUGCAACGAAUACAAUGCAACUCACGGUGUCUGGACUAACACACAAAGCUGCGACCCUAUCCCUGGUUAUUGCUCAAGUGUAAUCAUUGUAAAAAAUGGACUUGUGCAUGUGAAUGGUACUCGCAUUGGAGCUGAGGCAAAUGGUACAUGUAAUCAAGGUUACCAACCAUUGAAUAGUUCAACAAUGACAUGCCAGCCACGCAAUGAUACCCAUGGUGUGUGGAAUAAUCUACUAAACUGCAAAGCUUUCGCUGGUUAUUGCACAAGUACAAUCAAUGUAAACAAUGGAGUGUUUAUUGCAAACUCUACACACAUCGGAGCGGAGGCAAAUGUUACCUGUAAUCACGGCUACCGUCUAUCGAAGGAUUCGACAAUGAUAUGCCAGAAGCAAAAUGAUACGGAUGGCUUGUGGACUGAUCUACCAAGCUGCAAUCGUAUCUCUACAUAUUGUUCGAGUACGAUCAAUGUAAGAAAUGGAGUUGUCCAUGUCUCUAAUACUCACAUUGGAGCGGAGGCAAAUGUUACAUGUAAUCAAGGUUACCUCCCAUCGAAUAAUUCAGCAAUAACAUGCCAGCCACGCAAUGAUAGCCAUGGUGUGUGGCAUGACCUACUAAGCUGCAACCCUUUCGCUGCUUAUUGCACAAGUACUAUCAAUGUUAAAAAUGGAGUGUUUAUUGCGAACUAUACACACAUCGGAGCGGAAGCAAAUGUUACAUGUAAUCACGGCUACCGUAUAUCGAAGGAUUCGACAAUGAUGUGCCGGAAACAAAAUGCUACGGAUGGUUUGUGGACUGAUCUACCAAGCUGCAAUCCUUUCGCUGCUUAUUGCACAAGUACAAUCAAUGUAAAAAAUGGAGUGUUUAUUGCGAACUAUACACACAUCGGAGCGGAGGCGAAUGUUACAUGUAAUUACGGCUACCGUCUAUCGAAGGACUCAACAGUGAUGUGCCGGAAGCAAAAUGAUACGGAUGGUUUGUGGACUGAUCUACCAAGCUGCAAUCCUUUUGCUGCUUAUUGCACAAGUACAAUCGAUGUAAAAAAUGGAGUGUUUAUUGCGGACAAUACACACAUCGGAGCGGAGGCAAAUGUUACAUGUAAUAACGGCUACCGUCUAUCGAAGGACUCAACAGUGAUGUGCGGGAAGCAAAAUGAUACGGAUGGUUUGUGGACUGAUCUACCAAGCUGCAAUCGUUUCGCUGGUUAUUGUACAAGUACAAUCGAUGUAAAAAAUGGAGUGUUUAUUGCGGACAAUACACACAUCGGAGCGGAGGCAAAUGUUACAUGUUAUAACGGCUACCGUCUAUCGAAGGACUCAACAGUGAUGUGCGGGAAGCAAAAUGAUACGGAUGGUUCGUGGACUGAUCUACCAAGCUGCAAUCCUUUCGCUGGUUAUUGCACAACUACAAUCGAUUUAAAAAAAGGAGUGUUUAUUGCGAACCAUACACACAUCGGAGCGGAAGCAAAUGUUACAUGUAAUUACGGCUACCGUCUAUCGAAGGAUUCAAGAAUGAUAUGCCAGAAGCAAAAUGAUACGGCUGGUUUGUGGACUGAUCUACCAAGCUGCAAUCGUGAGUGA